AUGUCCACAAAAGAGGUUCCCAUCCCGGGACCAAGGGGCGUCCCGAUCUUGGGUAACAUCUACGAUAUCGAACCCGAGGUUCCAGCCAAGAGCUUCGAGCUACUAGCCGAAAACUACGGCCACAUCUUUCGAUUGACCACUUUCGGCAAACCCAGAGUAUUCAUCAGCUCGCAUGAGCUAGUCGACGAAGUAUGCGACGAGGAACGAUUUACAAAGAUUGUCUCUGCCGGUCUACAUGAGAUCCGAAAUGGCGUCCACGAUGGUCUUUUCACAGCCAACUACCCGGGAGAGGAGAAUUGGGCUGUUGCCCACCGAGUCCUGGUGCCUGCGUUCGGUCCAUUGAUGAUUCGGGGGAUGUUCGAUGAGAUGUACGAUAUCGCCACUCAACUCGUCAUGAAAUGGGCGCGCCAGGGUCCCACCACACCUAUCGGCGUCACUGAUGAUUUUACCCGCCUAACGCUGGACUCUAUUGCCCUCUGCGCCAUGGGUACCCGAUUUAAUUCAUUCUAUCACGAUGAAAUGCAUCCAUUCGUUGAGGCUAUGGUUGGCUUGUUAGCUGGGUCUGGAACUCGCGCUCGUCGACCUGGUUUGAUCAAUAGCUUGCCGACGACCGAGAACAACAAGUACUGGACUGACAUUGAGUAUCUUCGGAACCUUGCACAGGAGCUUGUCGAUAACCGGAAAGAGAAUCCGGUUGAAAAGAAGGAUCUGCUUAACGCCCUCAUUCUGGGUCGGGAUCCUCAGACUGGACAGGGUCUGACUGAUGACUCGAUUGUGAAUAACAUGAUCACUUUCUUGAUUGCUGGCCACGAGACAACAUCCGGCAUGCUGUCUUUCCUUUUCUACUAUCUUCUCAAGAACCCCAGUGCCUACCAGAAGGCACAAGAAGAGGUUGACACCGUCAUCGGCAAGCGCAAGAUUGCUGUCGAGGAUAUGUCGAAAUUGCCCUAUAUCACAGCUGUGAUGCGUGAGACGCUUCGCCUGAACCCGACGGCUCCAAUGAUUGCAGUACACCCACAUCCAACCAAAAACAAGGAGGAUCCGGUCACACUGGGAGGCGGGAAAUACGUCUUGCACCCAGACGAGACUAUCGCCCUCAUGCUGGGCAAGAUGCAACGUGAUCCAAAGGUUUACGGCCCCGACGCCGACUCCUUCAAGCCAGAAAGAAUGCUCGAUGAGCACUUUGACAAGCUACCAAAGAACGCCUGGAAGCCAUUUGGCAAUGGAAUGCGAGGGUGUAUCGGAAGACCAUUUGCCUGGCAAGAGGUUCUCCUGAUCGUGGCAAUGCUCCUUCAGAACUUCAACUUUGAGCUUGAUAAUCCUAGCUACGACCUGCGUAUUAAGCAGACACUUACCAUCAAGCCCAAGGACUUCCAGAUGAAGGCGACCCUUAGACAUGAUCUUGAUCCCACACAGCUCAGCAUUGCCCUUGGUGGUGCGCCCACCGAGACUGCUACUGGCAGUCGCGAUCGCAAGCCCAAGGUUGCUGCACCCGUCGAUGGCAAGGUGAAGCCUAUGCAUAUUCUGUACGGUAGCAACACAGGUACUUGUGAGGUGUUUGCUCGCAGAUUAGCUGAUGAUGCCACUGCCUAUGGAUAUGCUGCCAAGGUUAGCUCUCUGGACUCUGCCAAGGAAAACAUUCCCAAGAACGACCCGGUUGUUUUCAUUUCCGCUUCAUACGAGGGCCAGCCUCCAGACAACGCAGCCCAUUUCUUCCAGUGGCUGAGUGAGCUGAAGGGAAGUGGUCUGGAUGGUGUCAACUAUGCGGUCUUUGGCUGUGGACACCAUGAUUGGUCCUCCACUUUCUACCGUAUUCCCAAGGCCAUUGACCAGUUGGCAAAAGAAAAUGGUGCCAAUAGUCUAUGCGAGAUUGGUCUUGCUGACGCAGCGAACUCUGAUAUGUUCACUGACUUCGACAGCUGGGGCGAGACUUCGUUCUGGCCGGCUGUUACAGCCAAGUUCGGUGGUGCUAGUCCCGAGAAGUCCUCCAAGCCUAAGUCUUCCUUGCAGGUUGAGGUCAGUUCAGGCAUGAGGGCAUCCACCCUGGGCUUGCAGUUGGAGGAGGGCUUCGUUGUCGAGAACCAGAUCUUGACACACGGCGAUGCCCCAACAAAGCGCAUGGUGCGCUUCAAGUUACCAUCCGAGAUGACAUAUCAGUGCGGUGACUACCUCGCCGUUCUACCGGUAAACCCAAGCCAAGUCGUCCGCCGCGCAAUCAGCCGAUUUGACCUCCCAUGGGAUGCCGUGCUCCGGGUGAAAAAGCCCUCCCAAAGCUCAAGCCCACCACCCUCCAUCCCGAUCGAUGUCCCAAUCUCAGCAUCAGAGCUACUGUCAACCUACGUCGAGCUCUCCCAACCAGCCUCAAAGCGUGACCUCAAUAUCUUAGCAGAUGCAACCCUUGACGCAGAAACCCAAGCCGAGCUCCGCUACCUAGCAUCAAGCCCAAGCCGGUUCACCGAAGAAAUCGUCAAAAAGCGCGUCAGCCCCCUGGACCUCCUAAUGCGCCACCCAGCAAUCAAACUACCAAUCGGCGACUUCCUCGCCAUGCUCCCACCCAUGCGUGUGCGCCAGUACUCCAUCUCCUCGUCACCACUCGCCAACCCAUCCGAAUGCUCAAUCAGCUUCUCAGUCCUAAAUGCGCCCGCCUUGGCCUCUGCAGCCGAAGGCGCCGAAAUCGAACAAUACCUCGGCGUCGCAUCCAACUAUCUUUCCGAACUUCAAGCUGGCGAACGCGCUCACAUAACCGUGCGCCCUUCACACUCCGGCUUCAAACCGCCCAACGAACUCGAGACUCCAAUGAUCAUGGCCUGUGCCGGUAGCGGGCUUGCCCCCUUCCGUGGGUUUAUCAUGGAUCGCGCAGAGAAGAUUCGCGGCCGUCGCAGCUCGCCCAAUUUUGAUGAAUUACACGACGGUCAACCCGCCAAGGCGGUUCUAUACGUCGGCUGUCGGACCAAGGGCCAGGAUGAUAUUCAUGCAGCUGAAUUGGCAGAGUGGGCCAAGCUUGGUGCCGUUGAUAUUCGAUGGGCGUAUAGCCGGCCAACUGACGGAAGUCAAGGAAAACAUGUCCAGGACCUCAUGCUUGAAGAUCGGGUUGAACUGGUUGAGUUGUUUGAGCAGGGGGCGAGGAUCUAUGUCUGCGGUAGCACCGGUGUUGGUGGUGCUGUUCGAGAUGCUUGCAAGGAAAUGUACCUUCAGCAGCGGGUUGUCAAGAUUGCGGAGCUGAAGGAGCAGGGAGAGGAAUUGCCUGCCGAUGCUGAGCUUGGGGAUGACGAGGCUGCUGAGAAGUUCUUUGACCGAUUGAGGACCUCGGAGAGGUACGCUACUGAUGUUUUUACUUAG